AUGCUGCUGUGCUGUCUUCUGGUGCUCGCACUUUUCUUUUCAUCUUCUGCCCUAGCCGAUGCUGGAGACGCUCAGAUCGUUUUGGACCUUGGUAGUACGAAUUCAACUCAGGGUACCCCUCACUGGGUCGUGUAUGCCGAUCAGUAUGUAUCGGGAGUUACUGGUCCUCCAGCAGCAUCCACUCUCGAGGGUUAUAAUGUCUUUAUCCUCUCUUUCCUCCUUACAGAGGGAGCAUGGGACAAGGCAUACGAAUGGACGACGUUGACAGCGGACGAGAGAACGGCCAUCAAGUCCGAAUAUGCUGCAGCUGGAAUCAAGCUUCUCGUGUCUGUGUUUGGUUCUACGGAUGUUCCUACGACGUCGGGAGCAGAUCCUAAUGCUACAGCUGCGACAAUGGCUGCAUGGGUUAUAGAGUACGGCUUGGAUGGUAUUGAUGUCGAUUACGAGGACUUUGCUGCGAUGAACAGCGGUACAGCCGAGCAAUGGCUGAUCAGCUUUACUACUGCACUUCGUGCGUCCUUGCCUAAGGAUAAGUAUAUUAUCACUCAUGCUCCCGUCGCUCCUUGGUUCACACCGAAUACUUAUGUAGGCGGCGGUUAUACCAAGAUCAACCAGGAAGUAGGCGAUUUGAUUGAUUGGUACAAUAUACAGUUCUACAACCAAGGAUCUACCGAGUACGCCGACUGUGGUGGCUUACUCACUGCUUCGUCUAGUACAUGGCCAGAGACCUCACUGUUCGAGAUCGCUAACAACGGAGUCGAUCUUUCGAAGCUAGUCAUUGGAAAGCCUGCCACAGCAAGUGAUGCGACCAAUGGCUACAUGAAUACCUCGAUGUUGGCCACUUGUUUGGAAACCGCUAAGAAAGCGGUUGGGGUGCGUGUAAUCAAUCUUGUGCCGAACCGAAUGGGUCACUCAUACUGCUAUCUCACAGCUGGUGGCGCGAUGGCGUGGCAGUACCCAAAUGCUGAUGCCUCGUGGAUCUCUACGGUUCGUUCACUUUCUUGGCCUGUUUGA